UUAGCACAUGACAGCUAUGACCUUGACCUUAAAAUGUAUACAAGGAAAGAAAGUAAAAUAUUUUUCCGGUUGUAAAUAUAGAAUCAGUAUAAUAAAAUGAAACGAAAUCUUAAAAAAAUAAUUAGCAAUAAAGCAAUCAUGUAGACUAUAUAUAUUAGUUUCUGUAGGUGUAGUUUUAUUAUGUGCGGGACAGAAACAUGUCAGCGUCCAUAGACACCUGACUCUUACUAUUGCUGUUCACGGGAGAUACGAAUGAUGUUUCUCCGAGUAACAAACCAUUUAAACCGACAGUGGAGAAUUCAAUGUAAUCUCCAGACAUGUUUAUACAGCGACAUUAAAGUAAAGAAAACCAGAUCGUCAAAAGGAAAGUACAAACAAACCAUCUACCUACCCAAGACAGAGUUUGUAUUGAGUCUUAAAAAACUGGAGACUGUGGACAGUGCUGAAAAGAGAUCAGAAUUAAGCAGCCUUUACAAGUGGCAACAGCAUGAAGAUCGACAGAAGGACUUCAUUCUCCAUGAUGGUCCACCAUAUGCCAAUGGCAGACUACAUGUUGGCCAUGCCAUUAACAAGAUUCUUAAAGACAUUAUCAAUCGCUACCACUUACUCCGCGGUUAUAAAGUUCACUAUGUGCCAGGAUGGGAUUGCCAUGGUCUGCCGAUAGAGCUGAAAGCUUUGACUAAAAACAAGGAGCAGAAACAUUCUGAUGUGUCUGUCAGAGCCCUGUCAAAAACCUUUGCUGAGGACUCGAUGAGAGUACAGAAGGAGAGUUUUCAGGACUACAGGGUGAUAGCGGACUGGGAGGGGCAGUGUUACAGGACGAUGGACCCACAGUAUGAAGCAAAACAGCUGGAGGUUUUCUACACCAUGUUUGAGAAGGGCUUCAUAUAUCAAGGAUACAUGCCUGUUUAUUGGUCCCCAUCUUCCAGGACAGCUUUGGCAGAGGCAGAACUGGAGUAUAAUCCUGAAUUUGUUAGUAAGGCUGUAUAUGUUAAAUUCCCAAUGGCAGCAGAUUCUUUAGGAGCAGUUUCUUUUUUAAAAGAUAAUGAUCAAACUAAAGUAUUUGCCUUGAUAUGGACCACAACACCUUGGACCUUGCCAGCCAAUGAAGCUAUUUGUUUUGGAUCAGACCUAAUAUACUGUAUGGUUCAACAUCCUGUUAAUGAUGAAGUGUACAUUUGUGAAAAAAGAUUUGUGGAUCAGCUGAAUACAAUAUUAAAUGAAAAUUUAACCAUAAUCACGGAGUUAAAAGGUGCUGAUAUGAAGGAUUUUAGAUAUAUAAACCCAUUAAAACAAAUCAUGAAUCCAAUGCUUGAUGUGAGAAUGUUGCCUUUUCUGGAGGGUGAUCAUGUGACAGCUGAUGUUGGCACUGGUUUGGUUCAUACAGCUCCAGCUCAUGGCCAGGAGGAUUUCCAAAAAGGCCUGGAAUAUGGCCUUCCUAUAGACACUUUGGUUGAUGAAACUGGAAGAUAUACAGCUGAAACAGGACCUACUUUGGAGGGGAAAAUAGUUCAUGUUGAUGCAGAGGAAACUGUGAUUUCAUUGCUUAAGAACAACAUCCUGCAGCAGGAGGACUACAAACAUAGCUACCCCAUUGACUGGAGGACCAAGAAACCAGUGAUAUUACGUGCUAGUGAACAGUGGUUCAUAGAUACCAAUAAACUUAAACAUCAAGCCAUGGAAUGUAUGAAGGAUGUGAAGAUUUAUCCCGAAAUAUUAAGACAGAGCAUGGAAACUCAGCUGAACAGGAAGUACUGGUGCAUUUCUCGUCAGAGGGUCUGGGGUGUACCUAUUCCUGUCUUCCAUAAUGCAGAGACUGGAGAAGUUCUCCUCAACAGAGAGAUUUUCAACCAUGUUCAAGAUCUGAUAUCAAAACAUGGCUCUGACUGCUGGUGGAAUAUGUCUAUACAAGAACUGCUACCACAGGAAAUACUCUCGAAGAAUGGAUUAGGGGAUGCCAGUUCCUAUCAGAGAGGAAAUAACAUAAUUGAUAUCUGGUUUGACAGUGGAACGUCCUGGGCAUCAGUUCUGCCAGAUGACAGUGUUGCUGAUGUGUAUCUGGAAGGCCUGGAUCAGUUUCGUGGAUGGUUCCAGUCCUCUCUACUGACCAGUGUGGCCCUCAGAGGAAAAGCUCCAUUUAAGAAGCUUGUAGUUCAUGGUUUUGCAGUUGAUGAGGAGGGUCAUAAAAUGGCUAAAUCUGUGGGUAAUGUGGUGGAUCCUGAAGAGAUAAUCAAUGGCCUUAGUAAAAAGACUGGGAUUCCUUAUGGACUUGAUGUUCUGAGGCUGUGGGUGGCGAACUCUGGGCUGCAAACAAAAGUAGCCAUUGGCAGCAACAUACUGGAUGUUCUCCAGGAGGAUCUGUUCCAGGUCCGUAAAAUGUUGCGCCACCUACUAGGGAAUCUUCGUGGAUCUGAUUCGAUACACAGUAUAAAUUACAGCAGUCUCCUUCCACAGGACCAGUACAUGUUGUCUAUUCUAUAUACAUAUGGAUCGCAGGUUACAUCCAUGUAUGAAGAAUUUAAAUUUGGGAGAGUUUUGACACUUCUUCAGAAAUUUCUUAGCGAUCUGUCAAAGUUUUAUAUCACUGUAACUAAAGAUAGAUUAUACUGUGAUCAUGAUCAGAACAUCAGGCACCAGUCUUGCCAGUAUGUACUAUAUCAUACAUUAGAGGUGGUAACCAAGUCCAUCGCCCCCAUCCUACCAUCAUUAGCUGAAGAGGUCUAUAAAUUUCACCCAGAGAAUAACACAACUCCAUUGUUUCAUACUCAAUGGUACACCUUGCUGCAAUGUUGGAAUAAUCCAGAUGUUGAGCAAUUGAUUUCAAAAGCCCUUAUGAUCAGAGAUAAGAUAAAUGAAGUUCUAGUUUCUGAACCACCGGGAAAUUAUGAUGUUAUUGUGAUAGCUGACAACCCACUGUAUGCAGAAUUGCAGAAACUCCACCAGAAAGAGACAGCCAGUGAUUCACCACUGUGUGAAAUACUCCAGACAGCCGUAACGACACUGAGACAUUCCAAAUCCAUGGAAACGAAGCCUGACGACAAAGCACGGGUCAUCCACAGUAUUCAUCCCGACUCCAAAACCUCAUUUACUAUAGCAUUGACAGAGGCUGGCAACUCCAAGUGUGAGCGAUGUUGGAGAAACACGGCAAAGAACAGCGAGCUGUGCCAGCGUUGUCAUGAUGUACUUCUAUGCAUGAACAAAUUCGAAUCUGAAGUUUAACAUGAUACGACAUUGUUAACUUGAAUUGUGAUAUUUUACAUCUUGACAAUUGCUCACUCUUCUAUUGAAUGAAAUUAGUCCAUGUGUAAUGAAAUGAACUAAAUGAAAACUGGUCUUUUGAUUUCUUUUGAAUCUUAAUAUCAAAAAUCUAUCAUGUCUCCACUAUACAAUGUUUAUCUUGUAUACAGUAUUGUGUAUAUAUACAUGUCUCCACUAUACAAUGUUUAUCGUGUAUACAGUAUUGUGUAUAUAUACAUGUCUCCACUAUACAAUGUUUAUCUUGUAUACAGUAUUGUGUAUAUAUUCAACUUUUGAAUGUGCCUGUCUGGAGAUUUCUGUACAUUUUCUAUAGUACAUGGCGAGAUCCUUCAAACGAAACCCAAGGGUUGUAAAAAUUAUUUAUUAUAUCUAGCUUUAGAACAUUUCGAUGGGUUUCAAAAACCUGUUUAAAAAAUAUUCAAGUGACAAGCCCCUGAAAUGUUACACAGUGCUCAAACUGAGAUGACAUAGUCAUUAUAAAUUUAACACAUGU